AUGACCGAACAGGUGAUUGGCGCCAACAGUGUACCUGGCAUUAUUGCCCCAGGUAAUGUUCAUGUCAUCCAGCCCAGCUAACCUGUGGCCUCUGGAAGUCAUCUGCAGCCUUCAGAGGUGACCACUUACCCAAUGUCACCAAAAGUAAUCCAGUGUGACACAGGAAGAGCAAACUUACAGAAUCUACUUGUGGUGAACCAGAACUCAGUAGCAGGUGUACAGAGUCAACCUAUUGGGUAUCAGCGACAGUAUCCAGCGGGAACAGCCAGUUUGCAGACUGUGCCUGGAGUGAUCCAAUACACACAGGGAAUGACGAAUCUCCAGACACAGCCUGGAGACCUUCAGAAUCCUCUGAAUGCUAACCCUGGGCUGACACACACCUCAAACUCAUCCCAGUGGAACACGUCAUUUGCAUCAUUUACUUCAUUCAAUCCCAAGAAAUUCAUAAAUGAGGAGGUCAGAACAUUAGGGGCCAUCCAGAUCCUCAACGGCCUGACGCACAUUUUCUCUGCAAUUAACCCUGUGCUGUAUCACUAUUCUUCUGUGACCUGGUUAACAGGGUACCCGCUCUGGGGAGGAUUAUCCUAUAUUGUAUCUGGAUCCCUUUCAGUAUGGGCUGCAAAGGACCCCAGUCCUUGUGUAGUGAACAGCAGCCUCAGCUUGAACAUCAUCAGCGCACUCUUCGCCUUUGCCGGGAUCUUCAUUAUCAUUACAGAUCUGAUCCUUUACCAUGUGACGACAUAUACAAAGGCAGUUUCUGGCAGUCUUCUCCCCUUUGCCCUCCUGGAGUUCAUCCUCACUUGUGUGGUCUCACAUUUUGGGUGCCAGGCUACCUGCUGCAGACAAUUUGAGAAUGUGACAGUGAUUCCAACCGUAUUCAGUUUCAACCCAGCCAAUACCACCACCAGCCCUGUGAACGCUACCACUGGUCCUGUCAAUGCUACCACCGGCCCUGUCAGUGCUACCAAUGGUCCUGUCAAUACUACCAUUCACCCUGUCAACACCACCACCAGCCCUGUCAAUAUUACCACUGGUCCUGUCAAUGCUAACAUUGGCCCUGUCAAUGUGACAACUGGCCCCGUUAACACUACCACUGCCCCUGCCAAAGCUACCACCAGUUAUGUCAAUGCUAUCCAUACCAGCAAUGUACCCCCGAACCCUCAUACCAAGAAAUAGCUGAUUUGCGCAGAGAUAGAUGACAUGGGAUGCCUGUCUCAAUGACAAGGGGAUACACUGUAGCAGUAUCUUUCCUUCUCCCUGAAACUUCCAUGACCAUGACCCUAGCCUUGUUGCCAGACUGAAAUGAACAAGCA